AUGAUUCGAUUCGGAGUUUUGAUUCUUGUUCUCUUUAUUUCAUGCAAUGUUUCUUUACCAAGUUGCAAUAUAUCUUAUUGGGUCAACUUGGAUCCCAUUAAUUGUACAACAUCACCAAAUGGAACGUAUUCUACAUUAAAUUAUAGUGGAAAUUGUACUUUAUCUCCAGAUUAUCCAAAGAAAACUGCAUAUAAACUUGUAAUUGAUCAAAAAACAAAAACAGUACAAACAUUUACAGUUUAUAAUGAUAAAUCUUGUCGAAAAGGUGAUGAAAUAUUGACUACAAAAACUCCAUUGUCAUUGAAUACAUGUGGGCCAUUACUUUUUAUGACUACUUCAACAAGUUCUGUUCAAAUAGGUAGUUUAGUUUUUAAUUGUAAACAAUAA